AUGGCCUAUCGCAAACUCCUCCACCUGUCAGAUCACGGUGAUGUGCGCCUCAGUCAAAGGCCUUCCCGACGUGUCAGUGGCUCCCAUGACAUAAACUCCAUGCAGACUCGAAAUGGACCGAGAACCCUCACACAUGUUGCCAUUCGUCUCAUCUUGGCUCUUGAGGCCGUUACGAAGGAGGCAUUGGUGUCGAUGCUGCUUGCACACAUUGUGGCGCUUCCUCCUCACAUCAGUUUCCCACAUUCAGUUGCAGUUGGUGCCAUUCGACAGGUAAUCAAGUGGCCUCACUUCUGUGCUACAAUCAGCGCUUCCCAUCCGAUCAAUCUGAGCUGUUGGACUCUCACCUUGUAA